AUGUCUUCGAAGAGUGAAUUAAAAAAGUUGUCAGAAGAAAGUUUAACUAGACAACCAGAAGAAGUGUUUGAUAUAAUAUGCAAGUUAGGAGAAGGGUUCAUAUUUUAUUUAUCUAGAUCCUAUGGAUCAGUUUAUAAAGCAUUACAUAAAGAAAGUGGACAGGUACUUGCCAUUAAACAAGUGCCUGUUGAUACAGAUUUACAAGAGAUUAUAAAAGAAAUUUCUAUCAUGCAGCAGUGUGAUUCUCCAUAUGUUGUUAAAUAUUAUGGAAGCUACUUCAAAAACACAGAUUUAUGGAUUGUAAUGGAAUAUUGUGGAGCUGGUUCUGUUAGCGAUAUUAUGAGGUUAAGAAAAAAGACCCUUCAAGAAGAUGAAAUAGCAACAAUUCUUAGUGAUACCUUAAAGGGUUUAGAAUACCUUCAUUUAAGAAGAAAAAUACAUAGAGACAUUAAAGCAGGGAAUAUUUUACUCAAUAAUGAAGGGCAUGCAAAAUUAGCUGACUUUGGAGUAGCAGGACAAUUAACUGAUACAAUGGCAAAACGUAACACAGUUAUAGGAACUCCAUUUUGGAUGGCUCCAGAAGUGAUACAAGAAAUUGGAUACGAUUGUGUUGCAGAUAUAUGGUCCCUUGGUAUAACUGCUUUAGAAAUGGCAGAAGGCAAACCACCAUAUGGUGACAUACAUCCAAUGAGAGCAAUAUUUAUGAUACCAACAAAACCACCACCUAGCUUUAGAGAACCUGAUCAGUGGAGUUCUGAAUUUAUCGAUUUUGUCAGUGGGUGCCUUGUUAAAAAUCCAGAAGAAAGAGCUACUGCAACUGAGCUUUUAAAUCACGAAUUUAUAGGUAAUGCCAAGCAACCAAGUAUUCUGAGUCAGAUGAUAGCAGAAGCUCAUGAAAUACGGGAAAAGCAAAGCGCGCAUCGUGCUCAUGUUAUCAAUAAUGUGGCAAUCAAAAAUCAAAACCAAACAGAAGAUUCGGAUGAAGAAGACUGUAGCGGAACAAUGAAACCUCUACCAGAAGAUACAGGAACUCUAGUACCGAGUCAUGAUCUUCCAGAUACGGGUACACUUGUUUCCGCGAUGUUAGACUUGGGAACAAUGGUUAUUAAUAGUGAUACCGACACCGAAGCAACUAUGAAACGACAUAAUACAGGGUCAGUUGAGUCCGGAAAGAAAUAUCGGCCGUUAUUUUUAGAUCAUUUUGAUAAAAAAGAAGCACCUGAAAUAGGAAAGGGCAAUGGACAAAUACUUGGGGCACAUAAUCAAGAUAACGAAAACAAAUUAGAAUUACGAAGCCCUACAGAAUCUCAGAGGUUUCAAAGCCACCUGCAAUUGCAGCUUAAUCAAAUUUCUCACCCUGUACAAGAACAGCCUCAUAAUAACAUAUCCAAGUUCCAAAAUGUCUUCACAGAACGUGAUUUCGACUUCAUAAACAACCAUAUCCUGCAGCUGAAGUUUCUCUCAUACGAGGAACUACAGCAACGAAUGGCUAAUCUGGAUGCAGAAAUGGAGAGGGAAAUUGACGAGCUAAGAAGAAGGUACCAAACGAAGCGACAACCGAUUCUUGACGCCAUGGAUACCAAGCGGAAGCGUCAGCAAAACUUCUAACAGAAGUAACAAUACAGAAUAACAACAUAUUUUUGAUAUAGAAGAUAUGCACAUUAUGGUCGAAAGAGAUUCAAAUAUUAAUUAUUAAAUCCAGUCUUUAUAUGGCCCUACCAUGACACACAGCAUUAUUAAAACAAUAACAUUGGGUUUCACCGUUAAUAAGAAAAGCAAACAAUUGAGUUGUACUCUCGACAAAUAUCUUUACUGUUUGAGAAAGAAAUAGAGCGCACCACUCACCGCGACAUACGUGUUGCAGUAAUUUAACGGAAAUAAAUGAAUUUUACUCGUGCAGAGUUAC